AUCUCUCGCCAUUUGUGUCAAAAAAAACGCUCUCUUUCUCUCUCCCUCUAUCUCUAUCCCCUUUAUCUUCUCCUCUUUCUCUAUAUUUAGCAACCCCAAAUAAGGGCCUUCUUAUUUUCUCUCUGCCUAUCUAUCUGAAAGAAAGAAAGCUCCUUGCUUUGUUUUAAAGAUAGAAAAUUGAAUUUUGAAAGAAUAAAAAUUUCCCCCUUUCUGUUGGUUUUUGUGGGUUUUGAUCAGUUGGGUCUCUGUUGUUGUUUGAAGAGGAAAAAUGGGUAGAGGGAAGAUUGAGAUCAAGAGGAUUGAGAAUGCAAACAGCAGGCAAGUUACAUUCUCUAAAAGGAGAGCCGGGCUGCUGAAAAAGGCUCAGGAACUUGCCAUUCUCUGUGAUGCUGAGGUUGCUGUUAUUAUCUUCUCCAACACUGGCAAGCUCUUUGAGUUCUCUAGUGCUGGCAUGAAGAGAACACUUGCAAGAUACAACAAAUGCCUAGAUUCGUCAGAGCAUAUUAAAGUAGAGUACAAGGCAGAGAAACAAGAUUUGAAGGAGGUGGAUGUUCUAAAAGAGGAAAUUGCGAAGCUACAAGUGAAACAAUUGCGGCUUUUGGGCCAGGACCUGACUGGCUUGAGCUUGAAAGAGUUGCAACUGUUGGAGCAGCAAUUAAACGAAGGGUUAUUAUGUGUGAAAGAGAGAAAGGAAAAAUUACUGAUGGAACAACUUGAACAAUCAAGAGUACAGGAACAGCGAGCUAUGCUGGAGAAUGAAACUCUGCGCAGACAGGUUGAAGAGCUUCGAGGCUUCUUCCCAUCAACUAAUCACUCAGUUCCAGCUUAUCUUGAAUACUAUUCUAUAGAGAGGAAGCAUUCCCUUACAAACAAUGGUUCUGCUAGUCCAGACGUAGCCUGCAAUUGCUCAAUGGAAAAAGGGGAUUCAGAUACAACCUUGCAUUUGGGAUUGCCAACUGAUGCAUAUCGCAAGAGGAAGGCACCAGAGGGAGAAAGCCAGUCCAAUGAUUCAGAGAGCCAAUUAGUCUUGAUGUGAUCAUUUGGUCAUUCUCCUUUCCUGUUAAUAGAAACAGAACUGAAAUGGUAGAGUAGAGUUGGUUCUUGAAGUUUGUCGAGGCAUCGGUUUAGCCAACCGUGAGAAGUUAUAGUUAGUGUUCUUUCAGUUAUAGAUGUUUCUAUUGUAGGAGAAAAACUGGAGUUUCAGGGGACAGAGAUCGAAACGAGUCGGUAGUUAGUGUUACCCAUUUUUAGUAAUGGUUCAUAGAUCCUCUCUUUUUUUUUUUCUUUUUUUUCUUUACCUGUAUCAGAUUAGUGUAUGUUAUCUAGGUGUUGGUUAUGACCAUCCUUUUCUGAUUUAAUCAGUAAAUAGGAUGAUGAAUUUCAUUUCCCAUUUUCUCUUAGACAAAAGUAUGUUACUUGGCAUCUUCUUUA